AUGGAGUUCUUCGACUUCAAUGAGGCUGCUUCGGGCUCUUUCGUACCGGACGACGAUGUCGCUUCGGAUCACCUCGAAAUAGACGAGAACGAUGCCGCCGCAAAUUAUCAUUCUCUUCUCCAAGACCAGGCGGAGUUUCCAGAUUCUUUACCCGGCCAAAGCGCUUCUGAGGGGUUCAUGGCUGACACUCCGGAUCCCGAGGGCGUCCACCCCAUGGGUCGUGCCAAAGAACCAUGCGACUUUUGCAAAAACAUGGGGCUGGACUGCUUCAUCGCCAAGCGAGGAGUGAUGCAAAAAAGUGGUUGCACUUGCUGUAUUUCGCUGUACCGCGAAUGCAGUUUCACUCAAACCAUGCCUCAGGGCAGAUUCGCGGGCGUGGACACGUUACAUCCCAUCUCCGAGAACAUAUAUAUCCCCACAGGAGGCUUAACCGGCAAAAAGGCGCUCAAGUCUUUCUCCGGCAUUGCAGAAGACGUCGACGCCCGUGCGAGGAAAAGCAGCUCCCGUCUCUCUCGAGAGGCCGUUCGGAUCCUCAAGGCUUGGCUCAAUGAUCAUAGCGACCAUCCAUAUCCGACCGAAGAAGAGAAAGAGGAAUUGAAGCUACGUACAGGAUUGAAGCGGACUCAAAUUACAAAUUGGCUUGCCAAUGCUAGACGGCGCGGGAAAAUCCGACCUACACCUCGGAGCAGUUCACCUGUGCCGGGCGCAAUUGAGAUUCCCAGACAACCGGAGAUCGAUCACACACUCAUGACGCCCUUGGAACGUUGGAAGUACUCUCCUCCCGAAAACGAACCCGCUGCCCUCUCCAACAUUUUGCGGGCUUUAGAAGACACAUCCUUUGACGUACGUCAGGGGUCCCAUUGCGGUCACGUGCGCUCCCAUUCUCGGAGGACUGGGUCUAGCAAUGACUCAAGUCAUACUAACUCAAAUGUUUUCGACGCAUCCUCCCUUGUUAGCAGCCAUGAAGCCAGUCAUUCUGCCAGCCAUAGCUCCCUAUCUGACCUCUCUUUUGCCUCUGCCUUUUCCCAUCGCUCCUCCCUAGGGUCAUUCGGCUCAAUGGAGCGCAAAGAACGACGUCGCCGGCGCAAGGCCUCAACACCUGCAAACACCUUUGCUCAGCAAAAAGUCAAAAGCGCACGUAUAUAUCAAUGUACUUUCUGUGCCGACUCCUUCCAGACCAAGUAUGACUGGCAGCGACAUGAGAAGUCCCUGCACUUGGCCCUCGAGAAAUGGACAUGCGCACCACACGGAGGUGUAGCCUUCAUCAAUGGUGCCAAUCGCUGUGUGUUCUGCAUGGCUGUUGAUCCAGAUAAUGAUCAUCUUGAGGCACACAACUACAGCACCUGUGCGGAGAAAAGCGCUGCAGAACGAACAUUCUAUCGAAAAGACCAUCUCAACCAACAUCUUCGCUUGAUGCACAACGUGCGGUUUGAUCCGUCUAUGGAUCAAUGGCGAAGUCAUACCACGGAGAUUAUUUCUCGAUGUGGUUUCUGCGGAAUCACCUUGACAACAUGGAAAGGUCGAGCGGAUCAUCUUGCUACCCACUUCAAGAACGGUGCCGACAUGGUCCAGUGGCAGGGUGACUGGGGUUUCGAACCCGUCGUGCAAAACCUUGUCGAGAAUGCCAUGCCUCCGUAUCUUAUUGGCCACGAACGCAACACUCUUGAUCCAUACACUUCCUCGGGACAAAAGGCUGCCCCUGGUCUCGCUGUACCUAAGGAUGCCAAUUGCUUUGACCGCCUCAAAACGGAACUCACUGCGUAUAUCCAAGAGAGUGUGCCGAAUGGCAUCGUGCCGACCGACCAGAUGCUUCAAGAUCGUGGCCGACAAAUAGUAUACGGAUCUGAUGACCCAUGGAACCAGACCUGUGCCGAUAAUCCUCUCUGGUUGAGUAUCCUCAAACGCGAUGCUGGUCUUGAGCCCGCGCCAGGCUCAGAACAUAUACAAUUCUCCAACCUCGGCAUGCAGCGACCAUUUGCAUCGCAAGAAGGACUCCGACAACCGCCAGUAUGCGUCCGUCAGUCAUACGGCACGGGUUAUCCCAACUCCGGGUUUCAGAGCCCUGCUAUCCCUGGAACAGGCCGAUCCUCGGCUGCGCCAAGUGUACCCGGUAGUUCAUCCGGUAGCUUUUCGGGCAGUGCUGGCAUGUUUGCAGCACCUCGACCGUCUGGGCUGUCGGUCGACUGGGGCAGUACCGCGUCAGCCGGGGUUUCGUCUUUCUCGACACCGCUCAGCACGUCUGCCGAUCCGUUCGUACAGAUGGGCUUCGAUCCGGAGUUCCUUCAACACCUGAACAAUCGUUAUGAAGAGGAGGUCCCGCUGGACAGCUUGCAGGGCCUGGGCUUUGGAGUUGAUGAUGGCAGCGGCUUUGAUGCCAUUGACCCUAUGGAUAUGGCGGCUGUAACGAGUGGCGCAACUGCUCCGAUACCCAUCCCGGCCACGAAGCAACCGGACAUGAUGAUGUCUGAUACGGUCCCUCCAGAUCUUCACUUCGAGGCUGCGGGUAGAACCGGAAUGUGA